CUUUUGAAGAGAACCAUGUCUCGCCAGUCUGUCUGCAGGAGCUUUGGAGUUGGGAGCAAAAGGGGAUUCAGCUCCUGCUCUGCUGUUGGUGGUGGCUUUGGAGGCAGUGGCCGGAGCAGGAUCAGCUACAGCUCGUUCUCCACAUCCCGGGGGAUUGGAGGUGGCGGCGGACGCUGUGGAGGAUUCAGCAGCCGGAGCCUCCACAACCUGGGGGGCAGCACAAGGAUUUCCAUGGGCAGCUCUUACGGCAGUGGCUACGGAUGUAGAAUUGGUGGCUUUGGUGGAGGAUUUCCAGGAGGAUUUGGUGGCAUUGGAGGAGGUGUCAUUGGUGGAGGAAUGGGCGGCUUUGGUGGCCCCGUCAGAGGUGGCCCUGGGUUCCCUGGAGGCAUCCAACCGGUGCAGGUGGACCCAACCCUCCUGCGGCCAGUCCACGUUGACAUUGACCCUCAGAUCCAGCAAGUGAAGUGCCAGGAGAAGGAGCAGAUCAAGACUCUGAACAACCAGUUUGCCUCCUUCAUCGACAAGGUCCGAUUCCUGGAGCAGCAGAACAAGGUGCUCUCCACCAAGUGGGAGCUGCUCCAGCAGCAAGGGCCAUCGGGGCCCAGGAAGAACCUGGAUGUGAUCUUUGAGAAUUACAUCCAGAACCUGCGGAGGAGGCUGGAGUCCCUACUGGGACAGCGGGGCCAGCUGGAGUCGGAGCUGCAGAACAUGCGGCAGUACGUGGAGGAGUUCAAAACCAAGUACGAGGAGGAGAUCAACCGCCGCACGGCUGCUGAGAACGAGUUUGUGGUGCUGAAGAAGGAUGUGGACUGUGCCUACAUGACCAAAGUCGAGCUGGAAGCCAGGGUGGGAGCUCUGACAGACGAAAUCAACUUCCUGAGGUGCAUCUAUGAGGAGGAGCUGUCUCAGAUGCAGACGAUCAGUCGGGAUCUGUCCGUGGUGGUGUCCAUGGACAACAACCGGCACCUGGACCUGGACAGCAUCAUCGAGGAGGUUCGGCGCCACUAUGAGCAGAUUGCCCAGAGCAGCCGGGCUGAGGCCGAGGCCUGGUACCAGAGCAGGUAUGAGGAGCUCCAGAACACUGCUGGAAAACACGGGGACAGCCUCCGCAACACCAAGAUGGAGAUCCAGGAGCUGACCAGGAAUGUCCAGAGGCUGCGGGCUGAGAUUGAGAAUGUGAAGAAGCAGAACCAGCAGCUUCAGGCAGCCAUUGCUGAGAUUGAGAAUGUGAAGAAGCAGAACCAUCAUCUCCAGUCAGCCAUUGCUGAGGCUGAGGAGAGGGGGGAGAUGGCCACCAAGGAUGCCAGGAGGAAGCUGGAAGAGCUGGAAUGUGCCCUGAGCAAGGACAAGGAGGAGCUGGCUCGCCUGCUGAAGGAGUACCAGGAGCUGCUGAACAUCAAGAUUGCCCUGGAUGUUGAGAUCGCCAUGUACAGGAAGCUGCUGGAGGGCGAGGAGAACAGGCUCUGCCUAGAGAACCCCUCCAACGUGAACGUCUCUGUGGUGGGCAGAACGACCGUGUGCGGAGGCAGACCCGGCAGCUUUGGAGCCAGCAACGGCCUGGCAGGAGGAGUGUGCGCGGUUGGCGGUGGGAACGUCGUCGUGGGCAGCUGUGGUGUGGGAGGAGGGAUCCUCAGUGGUGGCUUCUCCUCUGGGAGUGGGAGGGUGUGUAGCACUGCGGGUGGCAACUUCGUGGCCGGGGGGGGCUCCUCCUCAGUGCGGAGAUGUGUCACCACCACGACAGUCAAAUCCUCUGGGGUCAAAUACUGAGCCCUCGCCUCCGUCCUCCCAGGGAAAGCAGCACCUUCCUCUUCCUCCCACCAGCAGCACAGCCCCUUCCAUCCCCAUCGCUAUUCAGGAGGAAACAGUUUCUGGGGGAGAUCUCCCCAGAGUGAGAGUGGAAACCAGACACAUCCCUCUGGUCCCGCCUGGAACAUCUCCCUCGCGAGUCCCCGGCACUGCAGAGCUCCCCGGGGCUGUGCACCAGCUGAGCAGGAGCCUGUGGAAAUCUGCUCUUUCCUGACACUUUUCAAGGCCCGUGUUUCCCCCGUGCCCCCCGUGGGUCCCCCCACCCUGCUCCAGCUGCGUCAGGAGCCCACAUGAACAGAAGGAAGGAGAUGAUGUCCCAUACUCAGAUUUAGGAGUGAGAAACAGGUCUCUGGAGUUGUCCACCUUCCCCAGGUGGAGUAAUUUGGCAGCUUUAAUGUUUCAUGGAUCUUUUCCCUUUUCUCCUUCCCACCUGGAGUGUGUGGCCCUGUUACCCCCCUCUGUCGUGUGAAUCAGCUGCUUCC